GAGGCCGGAACGGGGGCGACCGGUAACGUCCAACACCCGGAGGAGCUGGAGGAGGAGGAGGCCGCGUUGGGGGAUGGGGACAACGGGGACGCCGCCAUUGAGGAUCCGGAGCUGGAGGCCAUCAAGGCUCGUGUGCGGGAGAUGGAGGAGGAGGCCGAGAAGCUCAAGGAGCUGCAGAAUGAAGUGGAGAAACAGAUGAACAUGAGCCCCCCCCCUGGCAACGCCGGCCCUGUGAUCAUGUCCCUGGAGGAGAAGAUGGAGGCUGAUGCUCGAUCCAUCUAUGUGGGCAACGUUGACUAUGGGGCGACGGCCGAGGAGCUGGAGGCUCAUUUCCAUGGUUGUGGCUCCGUCAACCGCGUGACCAUCCUGUGUGACAAGUACAGCGGCCACCCCAAGGGCUUUGCCUACAUUGAGUUCUCAGACAAGGAAUCUGUUCGCACAUCAAUGGCCUUGGAUGAGUCCUUGUUCCGGGGCCGACAGAUCAAGGUGAUCCCCAAGCGCACCAAUCGGCCGGGGAUCAGCACCACGGACAGAGGCUUCCCCCGGAGCCGCUUCCGGGGCCGAGGAGGCUUCAGCAGCUCCAGAGCCAGGUUCUAUAGCGGCUAUAGCAGAGCCAGAGCCAGAGCCUAUAGGGGCCGGGCCAGAGCCACCUCCUGGUACUCCCCAUACUGACCCCAUCGGACCCAUGGACGCUCCCAUCUCCUCUAUGGGGGGGGGUUGUGUCUGUCCCCCCCUUUAACCCCCCCCAUCCCCAUAGGGCUCUUGGUACCUCCCAUUGACUCCCAUUGGACCCCAUGGACCAGACCAUGUUAAGUGGGGGGGUCACCCCCCCAUUGACACCUAUUGCAGGGUCCCCCCCCAUUGACUCCUAUUGACUCCCAUUGGACCCCAUGGGCCAUACCAUGUUGUAUUGGGGGGGGUCACCCCCCCAUUGACCCCCAUUGACUCCUAUUGGAACCCAUGGGCCAGACCAAGUUGCAUGGGGGGGGUCACCCCCACAUUGACACAUAUUGGAGGGUCGUGUCCCCCCCCCAUUGAUACCUAUUGGAGGGUCCCCCCCCAUUGACACCUAUUGGAGGGUACCCCCCUAUUGAUCCCCAUUGGCCCCCAUGGACCAGACCAUGUUGCAUGGGGGGGGUCACCCCCCCCCAUUGACCCCUAUUAGGGGGUACCCCCCCAUUGACACCCAUUGGAGGGUCCUACCCCCCCCAUUGACACCUAUUGCAGGGUCCCCCCCCAUUGACUCCUAUUGGCCCCAUGGACCAUACCAUGCUGGAUUGAGGGGGGAUGAUUUGCUCCCCCCCAUUGACACCCAUUGGAGGGUCCCUCCCCAUUGAUACCUAUGGGCACUAUGGACCAUACCAUGUUGGACUGGGGGGGGAUCUACCCCCAUUGACACCUAUUGGAGGGUCCUACCCCCCCCCCCCAUUGAUCCCCAUUGGCCCCUAUGGAUCAUACCAUGUUAGAUUGGGGGGAGAUCCAUCCCCAUUGACACCCAUUGAAGGGUCCUACCCCCCCCCAUUGAUACCCAUUGGAGUGUCUGUCCCCAUUGACACCUAUUGGGGGGUCCCUCCCCAUUGGCCCCCAUGGACUGUACCAAGUUGGACUGGGGGGGAUUCAGCCCCAUUGACACCUAUUGGGCAGUCCAACCCACCCCCCCAUUGGUCCCCAUUGACACCCAUUGGAGUCUCCCUCCCCAUUGACCCCUAUGGGCCCCAUGGACUGUACCAUGUUGGAUAGGGGGGGGAUCUACCCCCA